AGUUGUUAUGGAAUGAACUGUGAGCCUUGGACUAAAUCCGAUCAACUUAGCAAACUUAAAGGGCUAGUAAUGCCCAUGGUUAUAUAUACAGAGGCACCAAAUUAGAGCUACCCCUAUAUUUAAAGGACUAUAUUGGUAUUCUUCUCACAUUAAAGAUUGCUCUCCCAACAACAACAGCACUGGAAAACAAAGAAAUGGCUGAACAUGUAGAGAGCAAAAACACAGUUAUCUCCGAAAAAUUGUCUGCAGAUUCAAUUUCUAAGACGAAUGGAUUCCUUAAAAGCAUAGGGGUUUUCAACUUUGACUUUCCUGACCAAUAUGAAACCAAAGACUCUUUUUCUGAACUCACACGUGGCUUCCUCAAGGUCCAACACAUCCACCCUGGCAAGAUUUCUUGUAUUAUCUCUGUCAAGCCUCCUAUCUUGAAUGUCUAUGGUUCACUGCACGGAGGAGCGGUCGGAGCUGUAGCAGAAAGGGUAGCAAUUGCCUGUGCCCGAACUAUUGUGGGAAAGGAUAAGGAGCUCUUUCUUGGAGAAUUAAGCAUAUCUUAUCUCUCUGGUACCACUCAAAAUGCCGAAGUAAUUGUUAACGCAUCCAUUGUUCGAAGUGGAAGAAACCUGACUGUAGUUGCAAUGGAUUUUAGACUAAAGGAUUCUGAGAAACUGAGUUACAUCUCUCGUGCAACAUUCUAUCACAUGCCUGUUGCAAGUUUAUGACCUAGACCUGGUUCAACACAUUAAGCCAAGACAUCAUGCUGGUUGAAAGACCAGAUAAGUCGCAAUGUUGGUAGGCUUACAGAGCUUCACAACUUUAUCGGAAUCAGGAGAAGUUCAGCUGUGUUGCUGGAGCAAAGAUUUGUUUCCCUAUCAGCAGUGCUUAGAAACGUUUGUGUGAAUAAAGUAGUCUGGCUUUCUGCCAAAUAGUGAUAUUCUGUUGGCAUCAUAGUCCUGUUACAAACUCAGUAAUGCAAUAACUCCUGUUUAGAAAUGAGAUCGAAAGCCAAUCCAUUAGUCCAAGACAGUUUUAGCAAACAUCAUGUACUUGUUGAUGCCUUUGUUUACAAAAUAUAAUUGGUGAAGAUGCCUUUGGCGCCAA